UAUUGCAAAAAAGUAAAGUAAAAUUGCACGGCAUUUAGAGAGAAAGCACAAGUAGGAGAAAGAGGUUGCUAUUGCAACAUGCUUACCCAAAAAUUCAAAGAAACGGUGUCAGUUGUUGGAUCAGCUCCGCUCCAAAGGUGACUAUAAUCACAAUAUAACCGUCUUGCAGAAAGGACGAGGGGAAUUAGUCACAUUUAGACAACCAUCAGAAGACACAAAACCAAAUGAGUACUUGCCCUGCAAUUACUGUUAUGGAUUUUUCAGAAAACGUGAGCUCUGGAAGCAUGAGGUUUCCUGCAAAAAAGAAAAUGGUCUCCCUCAGGAAAAAUCAAUGAAAAGAAACAGAGUCCAAGCUGCAGCUUCCUGUCUCAUUCCAAUACAAGGAAAUACAACAGAGAGAUGUUCCAAAAUCAUUAGUAGCAUGCUGCAUGAUGAGGUGUCUCGAGGUAAAAUCUGAUGAACUUAUUUGUGAGUAUGGAGACAGAUUGUUGGAGAAGCAUGGGAGCGAUCCAUCCAAAGAUGGCUAUGUAAGUCAGAAAAUGAGGGAGUUAGGGAGAUUUGUGAUCGCUGCAAAGGCACUAAACAAAAAGGUGAAAAAACUUGAGGAUAUCUUAGUUCCACCAAUGUUCAAGUUGGCUGUUGAUGCAGCUAAAAAGGCAUCUGGCUACACUAAAUCAAAAUAUCGCUAUGAUCGACCAUCUCUUGCUGUAAAACUAGGACACUCUCUAAAGACAGUUGGUGAUAUCAUGAUAGGUCAUUAUGUAAAAGCAGAAGAUGACGUAGCUGCAAACAGGGUGAGGAGCUUCCUUGGGUUAGUGAGCUCAGAAUGGAACCACUAUGUCUCGCAUCGUGCAAGGACAAAUCUGGAAGAAAACAAGUGGAACAAAAAGGAAAUGAUCCCUCUCACUGAAGACGUAAUUCAGAAUUUGAAGUCCAUGGAAGAAAAUGCCAGAGAGAAACUGACUGAAGGUCCUGAUCCCAAAGCAUACAGCAUGCUAAGUGAAACCAUCCUCUCACAAAUUAUACUGUUUAACCAGAGGCGCCAAGGCGAGGCAGCUAAAAUGCUACUUGAAACAUAUGAGAGCAAAAACACGGAGGCACUAAAAGAGGAUGUAAUGCAGUGCUUGUCAAAGUUGUAACGGGACCUGAGUAAUGACUUCACAAGAGUUGUGAUAAGAGGAAAAAGAGGGCGAAAAGUACCAGUACUGCUUACCAGAGAGAUGACAAGAUCCUUGGAUUUUCUCAUUGAGCACAGGAUGCAGGAAAAUGACAUUCUUGACACCAACAAAUAUGUGUUUGCAAGACCAAAGUCAGACUCCCAUAUAAGACGUUCCGACUGUCUGCGAAAAUUUGCAAAUCUGUGUGAUGCAAAACAUUCUGCGACCCUGACCUCCACUCAACUACGGAAGCAGAUAGCAACUCUCUGUCAAAUAAUGAACCUAAAGGAUCAUGAGUUGGAUCAGGUGGCAAAAUUCAUGGGACACGAUAUUCGUGUUCAUAGAGAGUAUUAUCGCCUAACUGAGAACACACUUCAAUUGGCAAAAAUGAGCAAACUGCUUAUGGCGAUAGAAUGUGGAACUGCUGUCUAUAAAGGAAAAUCUCUCGAUGAGAUUGACUUUGAAUUAGAGCUUGCUUUGUCUAAUGAACCCAACCAAGGGAACACUUCAGAGCGUAUCCUGGUGGAGGCAUCUACAAGGCAAGAACAAGAUGAGCUAUCCAGAAGUCAGAAGCAGAGACUUGAUCCAGAUGUGCCACAGAUGCGGACCACGGCUCAGAUGAGGGACCUGGCACACACACAAAGGCUAAAGUCAAGAGGUCAUCCAAGACUGACAGAAAUGAGCUAUCCAGAAGUCAGAAGCGGAGACUUGAUCCAGACGUGCCAUCUGAUGUGGACCAAGGCUCAGAUGAGGGACCUGGCACACACACAAAGGCUAAAGUCAAGAGGUCAUCCAAGACUGACUUGUUUGCCAAUAUAGAACCACCUACUGCACCUCAGCACCCCAGGUUCUACUGUGCAGAAGAAAACUCAAAGAAGGCCCUGGAGUGAUGUGGAAAAAAAGGCAGUUUGGCGGCAACUUGGAAAUUGCAUAAUUUUGAUUAAAGUUCCUGGUAAAGACAAGUGCAUAGAGUGCAUAGAUGCAGAACCAGCACUUCAGAGUAGACAUUGGAGAGAAAUCAAGAAUCAUGUACAUAAUACCAUUGAAACUAGAAAAAAGAAGGUAUCACUCCAUUAACUUACAGGUUUUUUCUUCAUCUGCAUUAUUUUUUGCACGCAGCUUCAAGUUCAGGUUAUAUACAGAUGUAUACAGAUGUGAGCAGUUCAUUAUUCAGUGGAGUUUGGCCAAAGUGACAUGUUCAUUACUCAGUUCAUUUCAGUAGUAGGUUUAGUAAGGAUUUCAGUAGGCCUUAACAAUCCUUAGGUUUGUGGAUUGGCAAAAUAUAACAUCCAAAUUUGUUAUUUCUCUUUGUCGUAGUAACAAUAUUGGCUCAAGUAUGUCUCCUGACUUGUGUUGUUGAAGCUGAAAUUCAGCAGUACUAAAUGAGGCCUGAAAGGGAUUGUAAAAUCCUUGCAUUUCAUGUACAAUGUGUGGGUGCUCUGUUAGAGUUAAUAAUUUCUUACCCUGCUUGUUAGAAUGCUCUUUUGUAAAGCGCAAUAUUUGCUUUUGCAGAAUAAAUAAUCUGCUGAUUUAUUA